AUGUUCUUUGCUGGAGGUGGCAAAGCCACGUCGUCGCUCUUCCGCGUUGAAAUGUGGGCCGUGGGCGGUGUUCGCCGAACAUCAUUGCGGUCCAACGCCUUUUUGCAAGCAAUUCGUGGUAGUGGCUUUAUUGCUACUCACAUUCUGAGAGUUUUGUUGGAGCGAGGUUACGAUGUUGUGACUACUGUACGAUCUUCCUCUAAGGGCGAUAAGAUAUUACAAGCAUACCCAGACAUCCCCAAGUCAAAAUUGUCUUAUGUGGUAGUAGAAGAUAUCGCUAAGGCCGGCGCUUUUGACGAGGCUGUCAAAUCAGACCCUCCGUUCGACAUUGUCAUCCAUACAGCAUCUCCUUUUCAUGACAAAUUCGAGCAUCCCAAAGAUAUAAUCGAGCCUGCUAUCAAUGGCACGACAAGCAUCCUCAAAGCGAUCAAGGCGUCAGCGCCGACCGUGAAACGUGUGGUCUUGACCUCUUCAUUUGCAUCAAUGUUCAACUCGGACGCGAGCAUAUCGGUCUAUGAUGAGAGUUCAUGGAAUCCCAUUACGCUAGACGCGGCCAUGGCCGAUAGGGCGAAAGCAUACCGAGGCAGCAAGACAUUAGCAGAACGAGCAGCUUGGGAUUUUGUUCAAAACGAGAAGCCGAGCUUUGAUCUGGUAACCAUGUGCCCACCCCUGGUGUACGGACCUGUCAUGCACCACCUCAGCAGCCUCGAGAGUCUCAACACGUCCAACCAACGAAUUCGAGAUUUCAUCCAGGGAAAAUUUCAAGACGGCCUCCCUCCUGUGGUAGGCAGUGUCUUGUGGACCGACGUGAGGGAUUUGGCUCUUGCUCAUGUGAAAGCGGCCGAGGUCCCUGAAGCAGGAGGUCGUCGUUUCUUCAUCACUGCCGGACACUACUCAAGCAAAAGGAUAGUGGACGCCAUUCGCGCAACUCAUCCCGAGUUAUCGUCAAGGCUACCUGCAAGUGAUACUGAUGACUUGCCCAAGGAUGUUUAUGGCUAUGACAAUUCACAGGCGAGGCAGAUUCUGGGACUCACUUUCCGCCCGCUACAAGAGAGUAUCGGUGAUACUGUUACCUCGCUACUGAAAUUGGGUGCUUGAGAGGUUUUCUAGAGCAAUCAAAAACGCGGUACUCUCAUCUAUCUAUGGUUUCAAAACGGAAGCCGCCAAACUGCACGAAGGUGCAAUGAACAGUGGUACCAAAGCCAAAUAAGUCUUCACCUUGACGAAACGAAUACUCCACAACGCGCCGGCGACCGACAAGGUGUAGAUGACGAGUUUAUCCUCCAGAGUUCGAGGUCGUAGAGAUCGG